AUGACGGAUCCGAGAGAUGUUGACUACGAAGAGGAGGAAACGCCCAUUGAUGAGCAACUCAUAUCUGCCAUAAAGUACAAUUCGGUUGGAACCUUCAACACAGUCUUAGAACGCUUCGAUAGCCCGGAAGCUGCUGUUGAAUACCUGAAUACACACGCCUUGGCAUACAGAUACCAGGGUCGAGAUGUAAAAAAGGAAGCUGGAAAUGUUGCUGCUCAUGUUGCUGCCUCUCUUGGACAAGAUAAAAUAAUCGAUGAGCUUCUCGGUCAAGAUGGAUUUGAAUGUGAUCCCCGCAAUAGCAUCGGUGAUACACCUCUCCACUGCGCCGUUAGAUGGAUCAACAAAGAAGGUCGGGUCGAUAAAAUGGGACGAAGUGUUUGGGACGACGGUCUUGAAAUGAUCAAGAUGAUGCUCCGCGACGGUAGCGACCCGCGAAUUCGCAACAAAGAUGGCCAUAGAGCCGAAGAUUUAGUCAACCCUGAAAACACCCAACUGAAAAAACUUUUUGCAGACUUCGAAUAUGAGCCACCUUCAGAUGAAGAGGAAGAGGAAGAGCCUGCUUCUAAGAAGAACGGAUAUGAUUAUGCUGAUUUGGUUGAUGGUGAUGCCGGGAAUGAUGAUGAUGUUGGGAGUGUAUACAGUGGGAGUGAUAGUGAAGAGGAACAAGAGUGGCAAAGACGCCGUGCUGAGAAGUCUGGCAAAUAA